AAUAACAAUGACAAACAUCGUCCUCUCAUUUACAGAUCUCCGGCUGACAAACAACGGAUUGAAUAUGAAAAGACUACUCUUUCGAGACUGCGCCGUGCACUUGACACCGUUAUUACAGAACGUAUGGCUCAUUCUCGUCCUGUAGUGUUUCACGAAGUUCAGAACACCUUAAAGAAUAGUACAAACCGAAGCAUUACUCUGACGCACGUUGCUCAGAUAAUGUAUGUUGCGCCCACGUUAUAUUUGGUACAGGCAAAAGAGAUUCGAGACUACAUGGGUAGGGCCAAAGAGGCACAUGUGAUUGAAUGCGGUGUGGAUUGGGUAGUUCCCUUAUCAGCCAAAGAUUUUGUUAAGCGUGCUGACUUGUUAGCAGAAGCUGUCGACAAGUAUUUCCGAGAUCAUCCUGAGGCAGAUGCAGUCAUACCGCAAGCAUCACUUCCCAGCAUCAAAUUAUUGACAGAUAAAGAUGAAUGGAAAAAGAGCGAUAAUCUCCCUCCUGGCGUAAAAGCAAUUUUAGCAGCACAAGAGAAAGCAAAGCAAGAAGAAGAAGAGGCUAAAAAACCCAAACCAAAGCGCACAGGAACUGUUGCUGAACGAAUGGCCGCUCUUAAGGCAAGAGUAAGU